AGGAAGUACACUGCCACCAUGAAGGCCUACGAACGGAAUACUGGAUCCCCCCAUCCGUUGAGUAGUCGCUUCAACAGCCGUCCGGUGGCGAAGCGGGCCACGAAUGGAGACGUGCCCCUCACAAACUACAAUGCGGACCUUUGGUACGGCUCGAUCGAAGUUGGCACGCCCCCGGAAACAUAUACAGUGGUGUUUGACACUGGCAGCUCAGAUCUCUGCGAGUUUUCCCGAGAGUUUCUUCCAUCUGAUCGUUGCGGUUUCACAUGUAACGGGCAUAAAUCAUACGACCCUGAUUCGUCCUCGUCAGCCAAAGAUACUGGGGAGCCGUUCUUACUCACCUACGGCUCUGGACAGACGGCGGGCGAAGAGUACUUCGAUGUCGUUUCUGUUGGGGAUUACAAAGUUAAUAAUCAGAGUGUUGGCGCUGCAUACUUAUAUUCGCCACAGUUCAGCGAGUAUGACUACCCCCCUGACGGUCUCUCCGGCCUGGCAUUCCGCGAAAUCUCAGAGUUCGAAGGAUCGCCACUCUUCGAGACACUGAGCGAGAGCGGCCAACUGCCAGAAAGCGUCAUGGGGUUCAAGCUAUCUACUACCUCAGGAGAUAGCGAACUGCUCAUCGGAGGAACAAACCCGAGUCUCUACCGUUCCGACACACUCACGUAUAUCCCUGUGACAACACAGGGCUAUUGGGAGGUAGAGCUAGGCAGCAUCUCGAGGUUGGGCCAGGAAGUCGAUGGGUCGAACGACAUUCCUGCGAUCAUUGAUACCGGGACCACCCUCGUCAUCACGUCCGAUUCAGUCGCACAAAGUUACUACGCGAACAUAUCUAACGCUACAGCCCACACGGAGGACGGGUAUACGUACUGGACAAUUCCGUGUAAUAUGAUGAAUUCAUCUGUGCCUACAUUCACGUUUGGCGGUCAUUCCUUCACAGUCUCUCCUCAGACGUUCAACCUCGGGCCAGAGGAUACCAAUUCAACCGACUGCAUGGCCGGGAUUGCCUCGUCUUCAGAAAUGGAUUUCACCAUCGUCGGCGAUGUCUUUCUUCAAAACGUGUAUGCGGUGUUUGAUUACGCAAACACGAGGGUAGGAUUUGCAGAACUUGCUUGAUGUAAUGCGUUGAUGAUACCCGAGGUGCAUGUAUACCAUUUCUUACUACUCUGGGACUUUGUCGUCGUUAUGCUGUGGAUCUUGACCGUUAUGCGUAGCUAAGGUCGGCUGUGACACCUUGCUACCUGUCGUUCACGAUCUAAG